AUGCCUAAGAGGCCAAAGAACCUGAAAGGCUCUAAAUGUGCAAAGAAUACUAUAGUUGCAACUAGUCAAGUUUCAAGAUUUCAUAGCGAGACGUUGGAGACCCUCUUUAAUAACGUUGAUCUUAAACAAGUGAAUAUAUCAGUAGGCGACAGAGAUUUAAUAGUCGAUACGGAUUUGCAAUUGUUUGCGGGCAUACAUUACGGAUUGGUUGGAGGCAAUGGUACAGGAAAAACAACGCUAUUAAAAUGCAUUGGAAACAAAAUAAUUACGGGAUUUCCCUCUAAUAUCAGAAGUUUGUAUGUGGAACAAUUAGUAAGUGGUCUCGAAUUAGAACUUACUGUUAUCGAAGCAGUUAUAAAUUCUGAUAAAGAAAGGACAAAUCUUGUGCGAUGUGCUAAGGCUCUUGAAGAGGCAUUAGGGUCUGGUGAUGAUACCGAAAUUGCUCAAUGUUUUCACAAAAUUCAACUUGAUAAUCAAAAAAGAGAGUUCGAGGAUGCACAAAAGACCGCUAUGGAACGAAGUGGGGCGCGAGGAGCAGUUGCACGGAAGAUAUUGAACAAUAAGGAGGAUGAAUUACGUCAGAUUGAAAAACUAGCUUUGGAGGAACCUAACGGUUCGCAUAAGAUCAAAUUAGUGGAGAUGGUUCAAGACCUUUUAAAUGAAAUGAAUGAAAAAUUGGCAAUAUAUGAUAACGAGGAAGUUAUCGUCAGUAAUGUCCAUGCGAUUUUAUCGGGUCUCGGAUUUACUAAUGAAAUGCAAGGUGGACGCUUGAAAGAUCUUUCUGGCGGAUGGAGGGUUAGAGUUUCGUUGGCCUCGGCCUUGCUUAUAAAGCCUGAUGUUUUACUAUUAGAUGAACCAACUAACCAUUUAGAUUUGCCAGCUAUUCUUUGGUUACAAAAGUACCUCGCUGGUUUAGAUAACACUACGAUAUUAUUAGUGUCUCAUGAUAGGGCUUUCCUCAAUGCAACAAUUGAUGAGGUUAUUGUGCUAAAAAAUAAAUCACUAGUAUAUUAUAAGGGGAAUUACGAUGAAUAUUUGGAAAAUUACGAGGAAAGACAAGCGCAUCUAAAAACGGUGGCCAACGCUAUCGACAAAAAAAAGACAGCAGCCCAAAAAAGUAUGGAAAAAGGUGCUGCCACUGCUCGUAAGAGUGGUGACGACAAAAAGUUGGCUGUCAUUGCUUCGAAAAAGAAAAAAAUGGAUCGUUUGGGGAUGGAAGUAAAUAGUAAGGGUCAUAGAUUCAAGUUAAAUAGAGAUCGUCCGGGUUACCAUGAAGCUAUCAGAGAUGAUGUUGAAGUAGAGGGGAAAGAAGUAAUCCAGAAAUGGCGGAUUGGAGAUCCUUCGCCCCUAAGGUACCAAGGCGACUUGAUAAAAUUAGAUGAUGUUUCGUUUCGAUAUAAUAAUCGUCAAAAAUUAAUUUUAACUAAAGUUUCCCUAGGAGUUUCUCAAAGAGCACGCAUUGCAAUUCUUGGAGCUAAUGGUUAUGGUAAGUCUACUCUAAUGAAAAUUCUUACUGGUGACUUAUUGCCGACCUCGGGUGUAGUACAAUGGCCCGGGAACGCUAAGAUUAGUCUCUUCUCCCAACAUAAUGCAGAAGAAGUUUUGAAUUCUUGUACACCUGAGACCACUCCAGUUUCACUUUUGCUAAACAAAUGUCCCAACAAGAAAGAAAGUGACGCCCGUGCACAUUUAGGUGGAUUUGGGAUCAGAGGUAAUGUUUCUAUUAGUUCUUUAGAUGUCCUUAGCGGCGGUGAACUUGCUCGUGUCGCUUUGGCUCUCCAUAUAUUUGAUUCUGUUCCUCAUGUUCUUUUCCUCGAUGAACCAACUAACCAUUUAGAUAUAUUAUCGGUAGAUUCGUUAAUUGGGGCGCUACUGAACUAUAAUGGUGCCUUGGUGAUCUCUUCGCACGACCAAUACUUUAUAUCUCACAUUGCAAGAGAAAUAUAUACCAUUGAAAAGUCCAAAUUGAAAUACUUAGAUGGUGGAAUUCAACAGUACAUUAAUUCUGUAUCCAAAACAAAAAAAAUUCAGCGUAAAAGUUGA